AUGGCUCCAUCCAACACGUCCAUGUUCCGCUCUGCGGACAUGAGCAUGGUGCAGCUGUACAUCUCAAACGAAAUCGGCAGGGAGGUUGUCAACGCCCUGGGAGAGCUUGGUCUUGUCCAGUUCCGUGACCUCAACAGCAGCGUCAGCGCCUUCCAGAGAACCUUCACUCAGGAGAUCCGACGACUCGACAAUGUGGAGCGCCAGCUUCGCUACUUCCACAGCCAGAUGGAGAAGGCUGGCAUUCCGCUCCGCAAGCUCGACCUCGAUGUCGAGACCCUCGCAGCCCCCACGACGCACGAGAUCGACGAGCUGGCCGAGCGCAGCCAAAGCCUCGAGACACGCGUCGCAUCCCUCAACGAGAGCUACGAGACGCUCAAGAAGCGCGAGGUUGACCUGACAGAGUGGCGCUGGGUCCUGCGGGAGGCAGGCGGCUUCUUCGACCGCGCUCACGGCAAUGUCGAGGAGAUCCGGGCCUCAACCGAGGACGAUGACGCCCCUCUCUUGCAGGAUGUCGAGCAGCACAACCAGGCCCCCGACGUCGACCGCUCCUUCUCGGGCAUGAACAUCGGUUUUGUCGCCGGUGUCAUUCCCCGUGACCGUGUCGGCCCCUUCGAGCGUAUUCUCUGGCGAACGCUGCGUGGAAACCUGUACAUGAACCAGUCCGAGAUCCCGGAGCCGCUGGUCGACCCGACGACCAACGAGACGGUCCACAAGAACGUGUUCGUAAUCUUCGCCCACGGAAAGGAGAUUCUGGCCAAGAUUCGCAAGAUCUCUGAGUCCAUGGGAGCCGAGAUGUACAAGGUCGACGAGGACGCCAACGAGCGCCGUGAUCAGGUCCACGAGGUCAACACUAGGCUCAAUGACCUCCAAAAUGUGCUCAGGAACACGCAGCAGACCCUGGAGGCCGAGCUGACCCAGAUUGCCCAGUCGCUGUCUGCCUGGAUGAUUCUCGUCACCAAGGAGAAGGCUGCCUACCAGACGCUCAACCUCUUCUCGUUUGACCGGCAGCGCCGCACUCUCAUUGCCGAGGGCUGGUGUCCCACCAACGACCUGCCUCUCAUCCGCUCCACCCUGCAGGAUGUCACAAACAGGGCAGGCCUCUCGGUGCCAUCCAUUAUCAACGAGAUUCGAACCAACAAGACCCCGCCAACUUAUCUCAAGACGAACAAGUUUACCGAGGCCUUCCAGACCAUCAUCAACGCCUACGGAACGGCCACAUACCAGGAGGUCAACCCUGCCCUGCCUGCGAUCGUCACCUUUCCUUUCUUGUUCGCUGUCAUGUUCGGUGAUUUCGGGCAUGCCGUCAUCAUGUUCCUGGCUUCUUUGGCCAUGAUCUACUGGGAGAAGCCGCUGAAGAAGGUCACGUUCGAGCUGUUUGCCAUGAUUUACUACGGUCGUUACAUCGCCCUCGUCAUGGCCGUUUUCUCGCUGUACACUGGUCUGAUCUACAACGAUGUCUUCUCCCUGUCUUUCACCUUCUUUAAGAGCGCCUGGGAAUGGAAGGUCCCUGAGAACUGGGAAGAGGGCCAGACAUUGACUGGAGAGCUUACCGGCUCGUAUAGAUAUCCUUUUGGUCUUGACUGGAGAUGGCAUGGGGCUGAGAACGACCUCCUCUUCAGCAACAGUUACAAGAUGAAGAUGAGUGUCAUUCUGGGCUGGGUCCACAUGACCUACUCGCUCUGUCUCUCCUGGUUCAACGCCCGCCACUUCAAGAAGCCCAUCGACAUCUGGGGCAACUUCGUUCCCGGCAUGAUCUUCUUCCAGUCCAUCUUCGGCUACCUCGUCGUCUGCAUCCUCUACAAGUGGUCUGUCGACUGGAUUGGCGAAGGCAGGAAUCCUCCCGGCCUGCUCAACAUGUUGAUCUACAUGUUCCUGCGACCCGGCUUUGUGGAUGAGCAGCUGUACCCCGGCCAAUCAGGUGUACAAAAGGUCUUGCUCGCGCUUGCCUUUAUCCAGGUCCCCAUCCUCUUGUUUCUCAAGCCUUUCUAUCUCCGCUGGGAGCACAAUCGAGCGCGCGCCAAGGGCUAUCGCGGCAUUGGUGAGCACUCGAGAGUCUCUGCUCUCGACGACGACGAGGAUGGUGAUGGUCACAUUGGCAAUGGCAGAGCCAGUGUCGACUCGGACGACGGUGAGGGCGUCGCUAUGAUCGCGCAAGGCCAGGAUGAUGACGAAGAACACCAUGAAUUCGAGUUCAGCGAGGAGAUGAUCCACCAAGUUAUCCACACGAUUGAAUUCUGCUUGAACUGUAUCUCCCACACGGCUUCGUACCUCCGCCUGUGGGCUCUGUCACUCGCCCACCAGCAGCUCAGUGUGGUCCUCUGGAGCAUGACGAUUGGGCCCGCUUUGAGCAAGACGGGUGUCGUCGGCGUUAUCGGCAUCGUAAUCAUGUUCUACAUGUGGUUCUUCCUGACAUGCGCCAUUCUCAUUGCCAUGGAAGGCUGUUCCGCUAUGUUGCACUCCCUCCGUCUCCAGUGGGUCGAGGCGCAGUCCAAAUAUGCCGAGUUCGCCGGCCACAUGUUCACACCCUUCUCCUAUUUCACCUUGCUGGAAGAGGAUGAAGGGCUAGCCGAGUUCCGGGGCUAG